AUGAAAAAAUCGACCAAUAGGAACCCUGCAUUCAGACACGUCAUCACAGCUUUGUACUUCUCAUUACAUCACAAACCUUUGAUCUCUUCGGAUUCCUCACGAUUGGAGCUUAUAAAUAAGCGUUUAUGCGAACUGGGUCGUGGUGGGAUCGGAGUGGUUUACAAGACGAGUCUCCAGGAAGGGCGUCCUGUGGCAGUCAAGAAACUGACCGACUCGGGUCUGAUCAAGUCGCAGGAGGAGUUCGGGAGAGAGAUGAGAAAACUCGGCAAACUGAUGCAUAAGAAUAUCAUUGAGAUCAAAGGGUACUACUGGACGCAAUCUCUGCAGCUCCUGAGCUAUGAGUUUGUCUCAGGGGAAGCUUAUACAGACAUCUCCAUGGGGACAACCCUGAAGUUUGCAUGCCGGACGGUCAAGAUAACAGAGAAGUGCGAUGUGUACGGGUUUGGGAUCUUGGUGCUGGAGGUGGUAAUGGGGAAGAGGCCGGUGGAGUAUGCGGAGGACGAUGUGAUGGUGCUGAGUGAGACGGUGAGAGAGGGGUUAGAGGAAGGGAGAGUGGAGGAAUUCGUUGACGGUAGGCUGAGAGCGAACUUUCCGGCGGAGGAGGCAAUACCAGUGCUAAAACUAGGGUUGGUAUGUGGGUCCUAA